UCAGUCGGGGAAACGUUUCUCCUGUUCCUUCCCCAUCUAUGCCGCAAAGCUCUGCGCUUAAAAGGGCUCCCCAUCUGCUACUCUUCCCGACGCCGCUGUCUGAAGGCAGAUGAACGCCGCGAGCUCCACCGCUCCGCCGGUGCUCCUCCCCUCCCAUCAACACCGUCUCCGGAGGGCGUCGCUCGUGUUCUCCUCGCUCGUCCUCAAGCCCCGCCCUCCCCUCUCCAUAUCCUCCUCCCUCUUCGGACACCGCCGCCGCCGCCGCGGCCCCCCCGACCCUAAAUCCUCCUCGCACGACCGAAACCUCGAGCUCUCCAUCGAUCCCAGCGCCAUCGCCGCCCGGGCCUCGGCGGCCGCGGGGCGCCUCCGCCGUUCAUCGGAAGAGAGCCUCCGCCGCUUCCUUUCUGCCGGCGAAGAGGCCUACCACGAUCUCCGGACAUCCGUCAGGGUCGACCGAUCCCGCAACCGCGUCGUGUUCUCUUGCCGCGAGUCGUCGCUCCUCUUCGUUUCGAAUCUGUUCCUCUGGAGCUUCGUUGCCAUCCUCGCUGCCAGAGCUCUUGUUUGGCUGGGGUUAGGGUUCCGGUCGCGCUGGAGGUUCGGUGAUUGGGCUGUGAUUAAGAGAGAUCGAAGUCUGGGCGGAAGGGAGGUUGUUGUCGGCAGGAGUUUUAGGGGGAGGGACUGGAACAAGAAGAGUUUCACGGUUUCGAGGAGUCCUCUUUCGCCUGUGAGAGGGACUGAGUUGAAGAUCGUAGAGAAUGUGGCUAAAAUUCGGAGGGAGAAGCAGGAGAAGCUGCCCGAGUGGUGGCCAGAUUCAAUACCUGCACCGGUGAUUGCGGCAGGAAAGCAGGAUUACCAGAGGGAGGUUGAUAGGCUAGUCCGAGCGAUAUUGGAUUAUAGAAUGAGCGGGAAGGACUAUAGAUAUGAUGAUAUAAUCCAACUUCGUGAGAUAUGCAAGGUGUCUGGUGCAAGGGCCUCUUUUGAAACAGCUAAUGCACGUGAUUCCUUUUAUCGAGCAUCUGUGGACUUUGUUCUUAACUCAUGCAGCAGAGCAAUAAUACCAAGUGACAAGCCUCAAAUUGGCGGCGAGGAUGUCAGACAAUUUAUUGCUGGGCUUGCCGUUAACAUUGGACUUACUAACUCCCGUGCUAUUACACUUGUAAGUGCAGCUGUUGCAGCUCGCACUCGUUCAUGUUUUCUACAAUGUUGGGCAUUGGAAGUUCAGGGAAAACGAACUGAAGCUCUGGAGGAAUUAUUAAAGAUUUGUCUUAUCCAUCGGACUUUCCCACCAGAAGAACACUCUGCGGAAAUGGAGAUGGUAGGUAGUGGUCUUAAAAGACAUCUAACCAUAGAACAAAGGAAGCACUUGCUUAGUCUGUACAAAGAAACUUGUGGUGCUGAUGAUCACAGAUCUAUAGUGGAAGCUCUGGGUCUGGUACGCGUCCUCUCUUUUCAAAACCACCUAAAUAUAUGAGCCUUCAUCUCUCUAGCUAUUAUGGGAUGUAUAUAACAAAAGAGGUUAUAUUUAUUUUGUACUCUGGCUUUUAAAAUAUAUUGACUUGGUUUUUAUAUGUGGUGUUGAACUUUUUCAAAUCAUCUGACUUGGCCCUUGUUCAGGAGCGGUAGCAAUGUACGACUCUCAAACCUCUGGGAUAUCCAUCCUGGGAAAAUUAUGAUGAAUUUGUGGAUUUUUUUUUCUCGCCAGAUAACAUAACAGCAAAUUCAAAGUGGGAUGCAGUAUCAUGAUUAUCUUCAAAUAACAUGAUGAGUAACAUUUGCUGAGAUUAGUACCUAUCUUUUCCUCCUGUAGAAGUCAAAGGCAUGACACAGGUUAGAAGGCACAUUUGGUGGCUGGUAAAUCUAUAAAGGACCAAAAUAAGGAGGUAGACAUCUCUGCCUCUUUUCGGAUCGGUUGAAGAUUUAUAUGUACCUAAAGAUGAUUCUAGUCUUCAUUUCUUUGCACUUGUCAUAUACAUGAUUGGUUGUUAAAUUAUCUCAAUUCAUUUGAGCUUCCUUUUCA